GGAGGGUGGCAGGAAUGGUAAAGGUCUUUCCCUCUCUCUGGAGACCGACCAAGUGUCCCAGACGGAAGAUUCAGCUGCUUCUGGGCUUAGUGCGGGGACCCACCCCACCAGCACCCUCUGCAUGAUUUGGAUUAGACAAAUCCUGCCUGUUGCCUCAGUUUCCUUGUCUUUGAUGGGGGAGACACGCAGAGAUGGUCCGCUCAGACUCUGAGAUCCUAUCCUGGACAGUGGUGUAGCUGUCUGAGGCUGCUGCCCCUGAAGUGUUGUACUUUGAACUUUUAAGGGUUGAAAGUGCCUAUUAUUGACUGAGUAGAGUCCUGCUGUUUUCCAGGGCCCUCAUCUACCAUUUGCUGUCCGUAUACAAGUGACUUAAUCGCAGUCUCAUUGGGUCUCUUGUGUAAAGUAUGCAGUGUGUGAAAAUAUGAACUACAGGCUGUGUGGAAGUAAGAACUGCCACUAGAUGACUAGUAUCCCUUGUAGUUGAUAAUGUUGCAUAUCAACUCUGCAACUUUCUUUGGUGUUCAGUCGUUAAAAACAAAUAGGAUGAAAGUUCCUCAACUCCAGAUUAUGAAAACGGUACUUGGAAAACUGAAAACUAUCUAAAUGAUUGUCUUUGGUUGGGCCGUGUUCUUAGCGAGCAGAAGCCUUGGCCAGGGUCUGCUGUUGACUCUUGAGGAACACAUAGCCCGCUUCCUGGGGACGAGAGGCACCACUACCAUGGGCAAUUCCUGUAUCUGCCGUGAUGACAGUGGAGCAGAAGAUAGUGUUGACACUCAGCAGCAACAGUCUGAAAACAGUGCAGUACCCACUGCUGACACAAGGAGCCAGCCCCGGGACCCUGUUCGGCCACCGAGGAGGGGCCGAGGACCGCAUGAGCCGAGGAGAAAAAAACAAAAUGUGGAUGGGCUGGUGCUGGACACACUGGCAGUAAUACGAACUCUUGUAGAUAAGUAAGUAUCUGACUAACAGUCACCUCCUAUAUGAUUUGAAAAGUGUUCUGCCAGGAACCAUGACUUCUGGACUCCAUCAGUUCACUAGGGAUAUAUUUGCCAAGCCUUGUGCUCGUACAGCAAGUGGGAAUAUUUUAUUUCUCUUCUGAUCACAAAGUAAAUUAUAAGAUUUUAUAUUUUUACUUGGUAAUAUCUACACUUGUCUGGAAAUGUCCAAACAUUUCUGUAGCAAAAAAUGCUAAUUAAAGCUAAAAUCUUCACUAGAGGCUAUGGUAAGAAAUGGACUGAGAUUGUGUUGUUAGCUACAUAGGAAAUGGUUGUAUGACGACUUACUGUCAUUGUGCUUGUCCAUCUGUUCCACUGACCAGAGGUUCAAGAUGAAUUGUUUAUAAGAGCAUGGCUGCGCACAACUUCUGUUGGCAGCCUAA